GUCAGGAACUGCCGACUUGUCGGACUGCUUGAUCUGGAUCAGGGUAACCCAUACGUACGAGGAAAACUCAUUGGAUAUCUGAACCAUCUCAUUGACCUUGGAGUAGCAGGAUUUAGGUUCGAUGCUUCAAAGCACAUGUGGCCCGGCGAUCUAGAGGCAAUCCAAGCAGGAACGAAGAACCUGAGAGAAGAUAUCUUCGGAGCCAACCAGCGACCUUUCGCCGUUCAUGAAGUAAUUGACAGAGGAGGUGAAGCAGUCAAAUGCGCAGAGUACUGCCACAUUGGAAGGUACACCAACUUCAACUUUGGCUUCCCAAUAUCCCAAGCAGCACGUGGAAAUGAGAACUGGAAACACAUGGCAUACAUGGGACCUGGAUGGGGAUAUGGUAAUCAUGCAGAUAAUGAUGUGCUGAACUUCAUCGACAAUCAUGACAACCAGAGAGACGGUUACCCAGCAACUUACAAAGAAGGAGAUGCUUACCGACUAGCUGUAUCGUUCAUGUUGGCAUGGACCUAUGGUUAUCCAAGAGUGAUGAGCAGCUUUUAUUUCAACGAGAAAGAUCAAGGACCACCAAAUCAUGGAGCUGGAAGCGGCUUCGCGACGAGAUCUCCAUCCUUCAACCCCGAUGAUACAUGCGCUGGAGAAUCCGGUUGGGUAUGCGAGCACAGAUGGCCGACUAUUAGGGAGAUGGCCAGAUUCCGAAGUACAUGCGCUGGAGCACCAGCUGUCGAGAUGGUUAUUGAAGACAACCAUGUCGCUUUUGCCCGACAAGGAAAAGGAUUCUUCGCCGUCAACGGACCUGGAUGGGAUUGGACCAAGUAG